AUUCACGUUAAUAGCCCCCUGAUGUACAACUGUCAACUUGACUUCCGCUACUUGCUGUGCUGAUCGAUCUCUUUUCACUGUCGUUCUUUGGCAAAGCAGCACGUAUUUUGGACGAGCUGAGGUUAGGCUAGCGUCCAUUCUCCGGUAUGGUGAACCAUCGUAUUCCGUCGGUCUUCUCCAAGACCUAUGUUACACCGCGUCGUCCGUUCGAAAAACCACGUCUAGAUGCGGAGCUGAAAAUAAUUGGCCAGUAUGGUCUCCGUAAUAAGCGUGAGGUGUGGCGUGUCAAGUACACGCUGGCAAAGAUUCGCAAAGCUGCCCGUGAGUUGCUAACUCUGGAAGAGAAGGACGAGAAACGUCUAUUCCAAGGUAACGCCCUUUUGCGUCGUUUAGUUCGCAUUGGUGUACUGGACGAAUCCCGUAUGAAACUCGAUUACGUGCUCGGUUUGAAAAUCGAGGAUUUUCUCGAACGCCGUCUGCAGACCCAGGUGUUUAAGCUUGGAUUGGCGAAAUCGUACCAUCAUGCACGUGUUCUUAUUCGCCAGAGACAUAUUCGCGUUCGCAAGCAAGUAGUGAACAUUCCAUCGUUUAUUGUGCGGUUGGAUUCGCAGAAGCACAUCGACUUUUCACUGAAAUCGCCAUUCGGUGGUGGCCGUCCUGGACGCGUCAAGAGGAAGAACAUGAAGAAGGGCCAAGGUGGCGGCGGCGGUGCUGAUGAAGAGGAAGAAGAUUAAGCUAGCAAAUACACGGCAACUCCACCGAAGAUGUCAAAGCUUAAUCAAUAAGGAAAAUCAUUAAAACUACUAUGUGGAAGCACAAAA